AUGGCGUCCACAGAACGUCUACCGACCAGGGAACGCCGCCCCUCCACAGCUGCACCUAUCGUCGAUAUAGUCGGUUCCGUAAGCCCUGCGGGAAUCUCUCGUCCCAAACAUAAGCGCACUUUCACAGGUUUUGGGGCCAGCGAGAUCAAGAGCGUAGAAGCGGCGAUCCCCGAGCCCCAACGCAAGACAUGGACCAAGCACCAAUUCCAAGGCUUCAAGACAAAGGAUGAGUUCGAAAAGGAGGUUGUUCGCCAUGUCGAAACGACUUUGGCUCGCAGCAUGUUCAACUGCGACGAGUCGGCCGCUUACUCAGCUACAAGCUUAGCGUUCCGCGAUCGCCUAGUUAAGGAGUGGAACAAGACUCAGCAGCGCCAGACCUUCACAGACAGCAAGCGUGUCUAUUACCUGAGUUUAGAGUUCUUAAUGGGACGCGCUUUAGACAAUGCUAUGCUCAACAUUGGCGCUAAGGCCACUGCCAAAGAGGGUCUUGAUGAGCUCGGUUUCCGUAUCGAGGACAUCAUCGGCCAAGAACACGACGCUGCAUUGGGUAAUGGUGGUCUCGGGCGACUUGCAGCAUGCUUCCUCGACAGUCUCGCCUCCUUGAACUAUCCCGCCUGGGGCUACGGUUUAAGAUACCGCUAUGGUAUUUUCAAGCAGGAGAUUAUCGACGGAUACCAAGUCGAGGUCCCUGACUACUGGCUCGACUUCAACCCAUGGGAAUUCCCAAGACACGAUGUCACAGUCGAUAUCCAAUUCUACGGCAAUGUUCGCAAGUCUCAAGAUGAGAACGGAAAGACGGUAGCCUUCUGGGAAGGAGGCGAAACCGUCACUGCUGUAGCUUACGACGUACCGAUUCCCGGCUACGACACACCCUCUACUAAUAACUUGCGGCUGUGGUCCAGCAAAGCUGCUAGUGGCGAAUUCGACUUCCAGAAGUUCAAUAGCGGAGAGUACGAGAGCUCAGUAGCGGACCAGCAGAGAGCGGAGACCAUCAGUGCCGUCUUGUAUCCUAAUGACAACCUCGACCGUGGAAAGGAGCUGCGUCUCAAGCAACAGUACUUCUGGGUUGCCGCCUCGCUCUACGAUAUCGUCCGCCGAUUCAAGAAGACGAAGCGUGGUUGGAGUGAAUUCCCCGACCAGAUCGCCAUCCAACUCAACGACACCCACCCGACAUUGGCUAUUGUAGAACUCCAGCGGAUACUAAUCGAUGAAGAAGGUCUUGAAUGGGAUGUUGCUUGGCGGAUAGUUACAGGGACCUUUGGCUACACGAACCACACAGUCUUGCCUGAGGCUCUGGAGAAGUGGCCCGUUGGCCUGGUACAACAUCUCCUGCCUCGCCAUCUUCAGAUCAUCUACGACAUCAACCUUUUCUUCCUGCAAUCGGUAGAAAAGAAAUUCCCCGAAGACCGGGACCUCCUGCGCCGGGUCUCGAUCAUCGAAGAAUCCCAGCCCAAGAUGGUCCGCAUGGCAUUCCUCGCCGUCGUCGGUUCGCACAAGGUCAACGGUGUUGCGGAGCUACAUUCGGAUCUCAUCCAGACGACCAUCUUCAAGGACUUCGUAAACAUCUUUGGCGCCGACAAAUUCACCAACGUCACGAACGGCAUCACGCCCCGAAGGUGGCUGCACCAGGCGAACCCGAGGCUUUCGGAUUUGAUUUCUAGCAAGAUAGGCGGCUACGGCUUCCUGAAGGACCUCACGCUCCUCAACAAGCUCGAGGCGUUCGUCGACGACAAGGAGUUCAGGAAGGAGUGGGCCGAGAUCAAGUACGCCAACAAGGUGCGGCUCGCCAAGUACAUCAAGAACACGACGGGCGUCACGGUGAACCCGUCGUCACUGUUCGACGUGCAGGUCAAGCGUAUCCACGAGUACAAGCGGCAGCAGCUGAACAUCUUCGGCGUCAUCUACCGGUACCUGAAGCUCAAGGCCAUGAGCCCCGAGGAGAGGAAGAAGCAGCUGCCGCGCGUGUCGAUCUUCGGCGGGAAAGCGGCGCCGGGCUACUGGAUGGCGAAACAGAUCAUCCACCUCAUCAACAGCGUCGGCGCGGUCGUCAACAAGGACCCGGAUAUCGGCGAUCUUCUCAAGGUGAUCUUCUUGGAGGACUACAACGUCAGCAAGGCGGAGAUGAUCACCCCCGCUUCCGACAUUAGCGAGCACAUCUCAACUGCCGGUACCGAGGCUUCCGGAACUAGCAACAUGAAGUUCGUGCUGAACGGCGGCUUGAUUAUCGGAACAUGCGACGGAGCCAACAUCGAAAUCACGCGUGAAAUCGGGCAAGAGAACAUCUUCCUCUUCGGCACGCUGUCGGAGGACGUGGAGGACCUGCGGCACGCGCACACGUACGGGACGCACGCGAUCGACGCGGGGCUGCAGGAGGUGUUCGAGGCGAUCGGCGGGGGGGCGUUCGGGGACUCGAACGACUUCAACGCGCUGAUGUCGGCGGUGCGGGACCACGGCGACUACUACCUGGUGUCGGACGACUUCCAGUCGUACCUCGACACGCAGCGCAUGGUCGACGACGAGUACCGCAACCAGGACGAGUGGGUCUCCAAGUGCAUCCGCAGCGUCGCCCGCAUGGGCUUCUUCAGCUCCGACCGCUGCAUCAACGAGUACGCUGAGGGCAUCUGGAACGUCGAGCCGCUCGCCGUGUAG